AUGAAGGAAGAUGACGAUGAGAGGAAGCAAACGUUCAGAACAGUAUUUGAAUCUUACGACGGUCUGCUUGGAAUCUCACGGAAGUAUGGCUCGUUAGGAAAGUGCCGCGAGAAGAACCAGCCGGAAAGCACACACGCAGUGCUUGAUGAGUCGUCCAGCGUCACAUGGAAGGAGAAAACAGGAGCCCUGGGCAAUCUUUAUGACGAUUCCAACAACGGCGACGACAAUUACAACUGGCAUACGGAACUUUGA